AUGUCUGACCCAGUUUCGUCCGAGGCGACCCCAGGGUUCUCCACAGACCUCCCAGUGGCACCACCAGAUGCCUCUUCAUCAGUCCCUAUCGACCCUGGUGUUUUUAACAAUAGAAUGAGAGGCUUGGGCCUCGGUCUCUCUCGAAAACACUUUCCAAAUCUAAAGCACGGCGGCCACUCCUUUGUUGGGGCUCCCAGUUUUGCCAAAGAAGAGGAAAAGAACCCAAUCCACGAGGCUAGUUUCGAGGAUACUGCAUUGAGACUGAAACUUACCUACCAACAGAUUCUUACCAAGUUCGGAUCACUUCACGAUUUCUUCAGCGUAGAUUCAUCCGUGCCAACCGACUUCGAGGUAGAGGACAAGCGUGAACUUUAUAAAUGGUCUAACGGAAAUGACGGCUACCCCCCACAUCUCAAUGUCAUCCCACCCGGGGACGUCACCAAGUUCGACGAUAUUUUCCAUGCAAGUUACUUGUUCUACUUCCAGCUUGGCGAGAUGCUUGCUGGUGUCUUCCCAACACUCAUUACCGGAAUCAACGGUGCCCCAUGGAACACAUUUUCCAAAAAUACAUUGAGCGGGCUUCAAGAAAUCAAUGCAAAUCUGAUCGAUAGCAAGACGGGUAUCUAUACAGAGGCGAAUAUUGGCCUUCGUGAAGAUUGGUACACCGAUGAGCAAUUCGCCCAACAGCACCUUACGGGACCAAAUCCCACAACACUCACCUUAGCAUCCGAUAACUGGAUUCAGAGUUUCAGGGCGACUGCAGAAGCUCAAGAAAAAAACGACUUUAUCGCAGCUCUUGAAAGGAAUUCGGGAUCUAUCUAUAUUCAAGACUACAGCUACUUCAAGAAAGCCGCUGCCGUUGAUUCUAAGCAUGAAUUUUCGUCCGAAAAGACCAGAAGAUUUGGACAGCGAUAUACUGGUGCCUCUGUUGCGCUGUUUGUCCUUGGAGGUGAUGGGAAACUCCAUCCACUUGCCAUUGUUAUCGACUACAAGGAGGAUGAUAUCAAGAAAGAGAAUAACUACUUCAUCAAGUCGACCGGCGAUGCUAUGUCUAACUCCGUUGUAAUUUUCAACAAGAGGACUAGCUCAACCGAUUCCACUGCAACCGAAGCAGAAGAUUGGCCUUGGCGUUACGCUAAGACAUGCGUCCAGGUCUGUGACUGGCAUCGCCACGAAGUUGGUGUCCAUCUGGUCCGUACACAUCUUGUUGAAGAAGCUGUCAUCGUCGGAGCUGAGAGAAGCUUCAGCAAUGAUCAUAUUGUGUAUCAACUGCUCAACCCACAUUGGCUCAAGACACUGUCUUUGAAUCAAGCUGCACGAGAGACCCUUGUUCCAAAGAUUAUUCUAAAUAUCGCCGGUAUGGACAAGAAGCACAUGAGCAACUACCUUAAGACUGAAUACUACACCUUCCACUGGGAGGACCUUUACAUCCCCAACGACCUCGAGAGACGUGGGUUCCCAAUCUCCAAACUCAAUGACGAUAAAUUCAGAAACUACCCAUACGGAAGGAACAUGGUUGCAAUGUGGUUUUCCCUCCGAAAGUUUGUUCAGUCCAUGCUUGAAGAUUAUUAUGCCUACACUAAGACAACAGUUGAGGAAGACGAGCAAGUAAAGAGCUGGGUUAAAGAAAUGCAGGAUGACAUGGGUGCAAGACUCACUUCUUUCCCCAACAUUACCACCAUGGAUCAAUUGAUCGAUGCAGUAACUAUGUGCAUCCACAUCGCCUCGCCUCAGCAUACAGCAGUUAACUAUCUGCAAGAGUACUACCAAGUUUUCGUCCCCAACAAGCCAUCCUGUUUGGCCCACCCUCUUCCAGGCUCACUGCCUGAAUUAGAGGCCCUCAAGGAAUCCGACAUUCUCACUGCUCUUCCACUCGAUAAGGGCAAUGUAUGGCUUAUGUCCGCCUAUAUCCCCCAUCUUCUAAGCAUGUCGGUCACUGAAGAGCAGAACAUCAUAACUUAUGCUAAGACAGAAUUACUUUAUCGCCAGGGCAUCCGGGAUGAAGCUGGUGUUAAGGCAGCGCAAGCUUUCCUCGAUGACCUAGAAAAAUUCAAGACUCAGUUCCAGGAGAAUAGCGCAUCCAUGAACGUGGAGACAGCACCACCUGGUCUUCCGGGAACCUCACAAUACUCUGUUAUGGACCCACGCAAGAUGGCGGUGUCGAUUUUGAUCUAA